CCACGCGGUGCUCACUCGUCGCAUCAUGGCAGACUUUGUGGUCAGUGAAGCGCUGACUGCGUAUCUGGACGAUGCGCACGCGAUUCCCACUCCCGAGGCGGCACCCGAACUGGUCGAAUGCGAAAAUGAUCCCGACGCCUUCUCGCCCGGUCUAAUCAAUGGCGUGCUGAACGACAUCAGCGCGGCCGUGGGCGAGAACCCGGAGGCGAUCCUGCAAAAGAGCCAUUUGGACAGUCUACAGUUCUUGCUCAAGCAGACGUCGUAUAUUCCGCCGCAGUCGCUCGCUCGAGUCCUCGAUCUGGUCAUAAGUGGUUUGGGUGCAGAGGCCGAAAUUGUGCAUCAAGAGGAUCAGGAAGAGCAAGAUGAGGGCGCAGAACCAGCACAACACAAACACAUUCUCGAGAUAUUCGCGUUUUUACUGCAGUGGUGCGUCGCAGCCGUCGAAGCCAAAAGCGCAGAGAAACCAGCUGGUCCAGCGCGGGGCAAGUAUACGAAAGGCGCGAAGGGUAAGGCAGCACAGAAAGAUGGCAACUGGGAUCCCUCGAACCAGCUGCAAACCGCCCUGGACACCAUGGCCAAAGUGAUGAAAUUGAAACUGGCCAAAAUCUUUGUGACAACCAGCGACCGCGACAACUUCAUUGGUCUGCUCACGAGACCGACUUACCAGAUUCUGGAGAGCGAGACGAGGGUCAAGAGUACAGCUAUUCGCAUGCAUGCUUUCAAAGUGCUUUGCGUUGCGAUCAAGCACCAUGGGCAUGCAUAUGGUGCCCAGACGAGUAUCAUUCAGAACCUGACAUACUUCGAGCACCUGUCCGAGCCUAUGGCCGAGUUCUUGAACAUUCUCGCGGAGCAGUACGAUUACCCACAAUUAGCAGAGGAGGUUCUGAAGGAGCUCUCCAACAAAGAGUUCAGCGAGAGCGACACCAAAGGACCAAAAUCUGUCUCCACAUUCGUGGCAAGAUUGUCAGAGCUCGCACCAAGAGUUGUACAACGACAAGUCACGUACGUGGCGAAGCUACUUGAGAGCAACAAUUACACUCUUCGAUGCGCCAUCAUCGAAGUGUGUGGUAACUUGAUCAUUUCACUCUCCAAAAUGGACGAAAGUGAGAGGAAAGAGGAGCACAAGGGACAGAUCAAUGCAUUCUUCGAGGUUCUUGAAGAGCGCUUCUUGGACAUCAAUCCGUACUGCCGAUGCAGAGCGAUCCAGGUCUAUGUCAAAUUGUGCGAUCUGGAAACCAAAUAUCCGAAGCGCAGGCAAAAGGCUACUGAGCUUGCUACACAGAGCUUGGAGGACAAGUCAUCGAACGUGCGCAAGAACGCGAUUAAGUUGCUUGCGAAGCUCCUUGGGACACAUCCUUUUGCAGUCCUCCAUGGAGGUCAGCUCAGCCAUACAGAAUGGAGUGAGCGACUUGAGAACGUGGACAAGGAACUUGCUGCUCUCAAAUUGCCCGAAGCGACUGGAUUAGGAGAACGUGAUCCCAAUGAGCAGACUGUGGACCAGAGCCUGCUCGACGAUGUGACUAGGAUCGAUCAGACCGAGAAGCCGCAGACCGAAGAGGAGAUUGAAGCAGCGUAUCGGAAGGCGCAAGAAGAGGCGGCCACGGCUGAAGCAAUGAACAAAUUGCAGCUCACGAGGCGCUACUACAUCGAGGCGCUGCGGUUUAUCGAAACACUGCACGAAGCAUCGCCACAUGUGGUUCGCUUGCUUUCUUCCAAGAACAAAAGCGAAGUGAUUGAGGCAAUGGACUUCUUCGUCACUGCAGAUGCGUAUAGAAUGGAGACGGCCAAGGCGGGCAUCAGGCGCAUGCUGAAGCUGAUCUGGACCAAAGGAAACAGCGACGAAGGCAAGGGCGUCCAAACGCAUCUUGUGGAGUGCUACAAGGGACUCUUUUUCGCUGCGCCUGGCAACUUCACUCCCAAUGAGGCAGCCAAUUAUGUUGCACGAAACAUGAUCAGUUUGACCUUUGGCGCGACACCUGCCGAAUUGACGAGUCUCGAGCAACUUCUGGCGACCAUGAUGAAGGAGAAGGCCAUCAACGAAUUGGUCAUCCAGAAGUUGUGGCAAGUCUACGGAGUGCAGAAGCGAGACAUUUCCAAGUCGCAGCGUCGAGGAGCAAUCAUUGUGCUCGGCAUGCUGGCACUGGCAGACCCCGAAAUUGUGGUCCGCGAAAUGGAGACCUGUCUUCGGAUUGGCCUUGGGGCGAUCGGACGUCGCGACUUAGUGCUUGCUCGGUAUACCUGCGUAGCUCUGAUGCGGAUGACCAACAACAAACCCACGAAAGGCACCGAAGGCAAACCAAGCGUGCGAUUGCCUAACGAUCACGCUGUGCUCAUUCGACUUGCCGACCUGCUUGCCAUCGAGAGCGACAGCAAGGACUGGUACGGUCUAGCAGAGCAAGCCAUUGGUGCAAUCUACGCACUGUCGAAGCACCCUGAUGUGCUUUGCUCGGAGGUUGUAAAGAGGAAGACGAGGACUGUGUUCACACCGCGAAGGACACCCACCCCAGCACCAAAACAAGAACCCCAGGAAGACAACAGCCAAAUCGACAACGAUGGCGACGUCGAGAUGAGCGAAGUACAAGAAGAGGAGCCGAUGCAAGUAGACCAGGAAGCGGAAGCAGAGCCUUCGACAAACAGCUACAACCAGGCACUUGGACUCUCACAGCUGCUCUUUGCGGUUGGACAUAUCGCAUUGAAACAGAUUGUUCAUCUGGAGCUAUGUGAACAAGACUUCAAGCGACGCAAGGCGGAGAAGGAGAAGACGAACCCCACACCGGCCAAGAAGACUCCUGGAGGCCGUGCAUCUUCUGGCAAGAAGAGCGACGCAAAGAGCAAAGAGGAGCAAGAAGCAGAAGAUGAGCUUGAUCUUAUGGCCGGCACGAACGAGGAUGAUUUUGCAGACGCCAUUGCUCAUAUUCGCGAGCGAGAAUUGCUCUAUGGCGAGCAGUCGUUGCUCGCUCACUUCGGCCCUCUGGUAAAGGAGAUCUGCAGCAACAACACGUCCUACCCGAACGCCGAACUACAAGCCCACGCCGCAUUGUGCAUGGCGAAGCUCAUGUGCGUCAGCUCCGAGUACUGCGAAGCCAAUCUCGGUCUCCUCAUCACCAUCCUCGAGCGCUCCCCAUCCUCCAUCACCCGAAGCAACCUCGUCGUCGCGCUCGGGGACAUGGCAGUCUGCUUCAACCACCUCAUCGACGAAAACACCGACUUCCUCUACCGCCGCCUCUCGGACCCCGCCCUCCAAGUCAAACGUACCUGCCUCAUGACCCUCACCUUCCUCAUCCUCGCCGGGCAAGUCAAAGUCAAAGGGCAACUGGGCGAAAUGGCCAAAUGCGUCGAAGACAGCGAUCAAGGCAUCCGCGAAAUGUCUCGCAUGUUUUUCUCUGAACUCGCAGGGAAAGACAAUGCGAUUUAUAACCAUUUUGUCGAUAUGUUCUCUUUGCUUUCUGCGGAUGAGGAAUUGGAAGAGGAGAGGUUUAGGAGAAUUAUUAAAUUUUUGGCGGGUUUUAUUGAGAAGGAUAAACAUGCUAAGCAGUUGGCUAGUAAACUUGCGCCCAGGUUGCAGAGGGCGGAGAGUGAGAGGCAGUGGGGGGAUGUUGCUUUUGCGUUGGGGUUGUUGCCGCAUAAGAAUGAGGAGAUUACGAAGGUUGUGCAGGAGGGGUGUAAGGUUGUUGGGGGGCAGCAGGCUUAGGCUUAGGCUUGAUGAGGGUGUUGUUAUGAUGUUGAUGUUGAUGGGACUGGACGAGAUGGAUACCCAUGAGGCGUUUUUGGAGGAGGGUUUUGAAGGGAGUGCUUACGAGCGCUUCAUGUUUUUGGGUGGAUCGUCUCGAUAUUUCGUAACCUCUGUACAGAAGAAUGAGUCUGAUGAACACUUGUACUGUCUUCGAUAUUGCUUGACAGAUUGUCUAGCUGAGACUGAUGACAUUAUUUGUCGCUGUCGAUUAUAUCCCUGGUCUUCUCUCGACCUAUGCUAUGCUAUGCCAUGCUGCCACCAUUGCUAUGCAGAUAAUCUCGCAGAGACACCUGGCAGUAGUCCUGUCUGUUGAGACUCCCGCCUUCAAACUACCCAACACUAACACCGUUUUUCGCUAUGCAAGAUUUUUCCGAUGUCCCCAUUGUAGGACCCCCACCCCCCAACGCCGCGCUCGCUGAACAACAACAAUUGUCAGAUAUACGCUAAAAAUGCCUUGAAGAAACGAAUCUCCCUUCUCUCCGAACAUAAUGAGUGAACUCACUCGCUCACUGAACUCAAAACUCCAACCCCGCAAGUCCAUUCCUCAUAUUCUCCACCGUUUUGACUCCCACACCCUUCAAUUUCCCCAACUGUCCCAAAUCCGUAACGCUAUCCUCGAGAUCACAGAGACAAUUCACGAUGGAUUCUGCUUUUUUCGCUCCGACGCCUUUGAGGAGUUUGAUGCGGCUGACAUCUUUGGUGUUGAUUAUACUGAGGAGUUGUUUUGUUCGAGGGGUUUGGGAGAGGAGAGAGGUGGCGAGUUCGUCGUCGGAGUCGUCGUUUUCUGGUAAGGGGGAAUGUUUGAUUCCUUCGGCUGGUUCAGAUUCUGCUGAUGUGGAUGGGGGGAUUAGGGAGCGGGAGGUUGGUUUUGUGGAACGGGGGCGGGGUUUGGAUUUUAGUCUGUAGGAGAAGGAGUCCUCGUCGGAGUCGUCAUGUUUUUCGGCGACGUCUUCAUGGUAGCUUUCGUCUUCUUCAACUUGGCGGCUUUGUCGAGUGAUGGGUUCUGGGCUGAAGCGCUGGGCGUGCUUCUCGGCGAGCUUUGCGGCGAUUUUAUCUUGCAGCGCGGCUACUUUGCGCACUAGUUUCUGGUUGCCAGGGAAGUAUGGCAGAGCAAGCUGGUACAUUUUCAAAGCACUGGCAUCCUCGCCUCGCACUUGAUGCUGCUUGGCCAUAAGCAAGUACUGGAGUCCUUCAGCUCGUUCUGUCUCUUGCCCCUCUACUCGCUUUUCGAGAGCGUCUAGUCUCUUCUGUACUUCAUCUGAGAUGGGAUCCUGACUUGGCACAGCAGCUUGGUCUUUCCGUCCCGCGAGCGCUUCUGCAACCUUGCGCUCAAUAAGCGCUUCGAUGCUGUCACUAGUCAUUGCCGAUUGUAAUGCUCGCGAGGCACUGUUUGGUUUGAUGGACUUAGACGGUCUGCUCAGAGCACCUAUCGCCUCGCUACUAGCGACUCUUUUGGGCGAUUUGACUCCGGCAACAGCGGUCCUGGCCGAGGCAAUAUUUGGGAGAUUGGUAGGUUUUGUCUUUGGAGGCUUGUCCGCAAAGACAGCGAAUUGCUUGACAGGCUUUGGUACAUUGGUCAGAUCCUUGAGAGCGCUGUUCUGAGAUAGUAGCUUCGGUCGCAAUGGCUGUCUGUUCAUCCCAGGGCCGGCAGCGGCGGAUGGCUUCUCGUCCUUGGAUUUGCCUUCGCGGAAGAAUGGCUGAUUCUCAAUCUCAUUGACCUCGAUCUUUUUCGUUCGGUUGGCGAAAUUGAGACUGCUGAGGGUGUCGAGAUGGUAGCUCCUUACUGGCGCGAGGUUUAGAAUCAUGACUGUGAGACCGUUGUUCUGCCCAAGUGCUAAGAUGCGCGUCAUCUUGGACUCCCGAUAUGGUAUACGCGACUUCUUCUGCGAGAUGGCUUCAACGCAUGACGCGAGCACGAACAAACUCUUGUUGAUCGCUGAGCUCUCCACCAGACGCUCUUUGUUGUUGUCUGUCCGCCUGUUGUCCUCUGAACCUGCAAGAUCUAUACAUGAUGCCGUGCUCACUUGAAACUCUUCGCCUGUGAAUUGGGUAACCUUAACGCAGAGGAUGGCGUGCGAUCGCGAAGAGUGUGCAUUGAGCUUUGUGGCAGAUGUUGACCGGUUGACGUUCGCCUCGUCGUAUGCUUGCUCAAAGUCCUUUAAACUCGUGCAUGGCCUUUCGGUGAGGCCCACGACAACGGCCUUUCCCUUGGAGGUGUCUCGAAUGGGCAGGCCAGCUGGAGUGCGCUUCUCGGGAGGCUCAAACAGGUCGAAGACGCGAUCAUUGUAGAUCUCGUAGUAUGACAUGGAGACCUCCACAUGCGUGUUUCCUUCGCUAUCCUUCUCGGUCUUUCGCGCUCGCCGGUAUAUGCUCGACAACAGUCGCGGUAUUACUCCUCGGUCCGCCAAAGUCUUGCCUCCUCUCAUGGUGUGUGUCUUGCCCGUCCCUGUGACUCCAUACGCGAAUAGUGUCACGUCGAACCCUUUGAAGAGAUGCUUCACGGUGGGCGAGACUUCCUGCUCGAAGAUUUCCUGCUGUGUAGCAUUCUGGCCGUAGACGCUGCUGAACUCGAAGGUGUACAGCUCGGACUCCUUCUUGGGGUUGGGUAUGCGCACGACCGUGUCGCGCUCGCCCGCUUGAGCUGGAGCUCUGGCGGCGUCGACGAUGACAUCCUUCUCGAUCUCGUCCUUCAGCAGCGGCCUGAUGCGGGCCACGACGCGUACGGACAUGGCGCUGGGUGAUGUUUGAGAAGUAUGCCGGGCUAGGAGACGCGUGGAGGAGGAGUCGCCGGACACAGUUCGAUCAUGAAGGCGGUCAAGCCGUCUGGUCGAAUGGAGUCCAAGCUUCCUGGUCAAUGUGAUGCACG